GAUUUGAUGACGAUUCACCCUUUGUAAACAUCAUUUAGUAGCAGCACUCUAGGACAGAAGAAAGUGAAAGCAGUAGAUCUAAUUUAAAUAUUACGACAGCGGUCCUAAUGGAGAACAAUAAAAUUGUUUUUCAGAGGAUAUGAACUGAAUUUGUUAUAGGUGCUAAUUGAAGAUGAAGUUUGCAGAACAUCUAGGUGCCCACAUCACUCCGGAGUGGAGAAAACAGUAUAUACAGUAUGAGGCUAUGAAGGAAAUGUUGUACGAGGCACAAGAACAGGCUCCCUCCCCAGAAGUGACAGAUGAAAGCACCAUCCACAGAUUUUUUGCACGAUUUGAUGAACGCUUCUUCCAAUUCUGUGACAAAGAGUUAUCUAAAAUAAACACAUUCUUUUAUGAAAAAAUAUCUGAGGCCAACAGAAAAUACGCAAGUCUGAAAGCAGAACUGGAAGCAUACAAUGAACACACCAGCAAACCGUCCACUCUGGGGGGUCUUCGACGUCGGAGACAGAGUGGCGUAUACGCUCUGUUUAAGGAUAGGGAGAACCAGGGGCUUUCUCAUGCCAGGAAACACAAUGACCUGAAGCUGGCCUUCAGUGAAUUUUACCUCAGUCUCAUCCUCCUACAAAACUACCAGAACCUCAACUUCACAGGGUUCAGGAAAAUCCUCAAAAAACACGACAAGUUAAUGCAGACACAGAGGGGAGCUGAAUGGCGACAGGGCAAUGUGGAGGUGGCACCAUAUUACACAAAUAAAGAGGUGGAUCACUUGAUUAAAGAGGUGGAGCAAGUUGUAACGGCAGACUUAGAGGGAGGAAAUCGCAGUAAAGCUAUGAAACGACUGAGAGUGCCACCACUAGGAGAAAAGCAAAAUCCGUGGACGACAUUCCGAGUUGGUUUGUUUUCCGGCUGCUUUCUCAUACUUAUAGCGUGCAUUAUUCUUACUGCGAUUUUUCCGAUCGACUCCAGCCUUCAGUGGGACACUGCAGUACAAAUGUACCGAGGACUCUUUCUAGUCAUACUCAUGAUCUUUCUACUCGGCAUUAAUACGUAUGGCUGGAGGUCAUCAGGGGUCAAUCAUGUACUCAUAUUUGAAAUUGAUCCUAGACAUCACUUGUCUCAUCAGCAAUUAUUAGAGCUGGCCGUGUUCCUAGCAGUUCUGUGGGCCCUAAAUGUGUUGGCUUUUCUGUACAGUAAAUUUCUCCACAUCCCUCCGUAUGCCUGUCCACUCACCCUAGUCGUGUUUCUUAUCCUUUAUCUCAUCAAUCCAUUCCGAAUUCUCCACUACAGCUCGCGCAUGUGGCUGCUUAAAAUAUUGUUCCACAUUUUAACUGCUCCGUUUCACCACGUUGGUUUUGCUGACUUCUGGCUGGCCGACCAGUUGAACAGUUUAUCCACUGUCCUAUUGGACUUUGAGUAUAUGAUCUGUUUCUAUGGAUUUGAAGUGGACUGGCUGCCGAAUCCUGAUACAACCCAGAUUUGUAAAAAUAAUGUUUAUGCAGUGGCAAUUCGUGCGGUGAUUAGCUGUUUACCAGCGUGGUGGCGAUUCGCUCAGUGCUUGCGGCGUUAUCGCGAUACCAGACUUGCAUUUCCUCAUUUAGUGAAUGCUGGGAAAUAUUCCACAACUUUCUUCAAUGUUUUGUUUUCCACACUUUAUAAAGUAGAAACAGUUGUCAAUGGUAACACAGAGUCCAUACAGAACCAUGCCUUUUUCUUUUUGUGGAUUACGUUCGCUGUCAUUAGUUCCUGCUACACAUUAACUUGGGAUCUCAAAAUGGACUGGGGAUUACUGGACCCCAACGCUGGAGAAAACAGAUUUCUCAGAGAGGAAAUUGUGUAUGCCUACAAGACUUACUACUACUUUGCUAUAAUAGAAGACUCAAUUCUUCGAUUUGUGUGGACACUUCAUGUUUCAUUAGGAGAGGGCAUACUCUUUGACCAAAAACAGGCAUUGUCCACAAUACUGGCGUCUGUUGAAGUCUUUAGGAGAUUUGUAUGGAAUUUUUUCCGUUUGGAAAACGAGCAUCUAAACAACUGUGGACAGUUCCGAGCUGUCCGGGAUAUUUCCAUCGCUCCGAUCGACUCCAGUGACCAGAACCAAUUAGAGGAGAUGAUGGAUGAAGAUGACGGAGUAUUCACGUACCGCAGCGAGAAACGAAAACUUCUUUCCAGUAGUCACAGGAGAAGUAAAAGCACUGCCUCCUUGCGACCUCGCCGAUCUUCUGCCAUCUUACGUUUUAUGGACCCGGGGAAAGAAGGAUAGACAUGACGAAGAUAAAAUCAAAUGGAACUUCAAAGGCGUGUGAAGGAAGUCCAUUGUGGGGACUUUCUCCCGGUCUUCUGCACAAAGUAACAAAGUGGGGGGUUCUCCUAUGUGUUCAGGACUGAAUGACAUAUAAACAGGUUGUCUGUGAUAAAAUUUUAUUGUGUGAUAUGUUUGUGUGAAAGGCCAAGAGGAGGUCCAGUAAAGAGGAAAUGACUGUUUUUGUAUAAGCUGUUGAUGAGGAAGUUGGUUCUAUUCUGUUUGAUUUGUAAACAAUGGAGGACAAGUUGAUAAUUGACUUUUGCGUUAUUUGAAGUAUUGAUCAGAAACAGUUAUCCAAGAUUUUUUAGUGACCAGCUUUAACAUAUAUCAGCCCAUUAUUAUUCUAUAAAUAAGUUGAUCUCUUAUUUUUUAUGCAGCAUAUUUUGUCAUAAUUACUCAUUUUUGUGAAAUCAGGUUGAACUUGGAUUUUUGUCUCGGGUCCAGUGAGGUUCCAUUAGAUUUUUCUAUGUAUGUAUUCAGUAUUUUAUUUUUUGGCAGGGAAUCUUACUACAAGCAUCACUUAAAGCUAUCUAAAAGAAAAAGUCUUAGGUAAAGCCUUACCGUGGGGAAUUACAUUGUCUCAAACAAUCCAUAUUGACACUUUGUCAUACUGUGAACAUACUGUAUAGCGGGUGUUUCCACGGGUUUAAAAUUUGGCGAUUUGCUGGCUCAAAGGUAUAUGCUAAUAAUUUUAGCGGAAUAAAUUUUGGCAGACAAGGAAGAGUUAUCUCUCUUGCAAAUACUGACGUUGCUAUUGGGUGCAUAUUUGGCAAGUGAAAUUUUGAUGGAAAGCUAUCUAAGCGCUAAAAUAAGCUAAAUUUACGACCCCGCAGAGAAAACCUGUUAUAUGGUACUUUUUUACCCGUGGUAGUUAUUUUCUCCUAGUUUGCUGUCACAUAAAAUCCACGUAACUUCAUACCAGUGAACUUAAAGUAUGCAAGCUAUUUUCCUGUAAACCAUGAGCAACUUGGCAGAAUUUCAUACCCACGGACAAAACCAAAAAUGAUAAUUCAUGAAAUUAUGACUCCCUGGAAUUAAAUAUGUCUACAGUAUUAUACCAGUAAAAUUUUGAUUUUCUUUUGACCGUCACAUACCCUAGACUGGUUCUCUGUACCUUAGACUGGUUCUCUAUUCUCUCUGGUUUGCAGUAUGACAUUCCACAGUUCUUGUAAAAAAGAAUUUUGUGUUUCAAUGAUGUUGUUUUACCAUGACGUCUUGGAUCAAUGUGAAAAUUUUCCAAGUGUUGCAGUAUAUAUAUUUUUAGAAGUUGUGUAGAAAUCAUGUCAUUUGAUUAGACAUAAGUAUGCACAUAUAUUUAUGAUGGUGAAGUUGAUGAUAGAUUCCUUGUGUUAAUUAGUUUAAUACUAAGUGCAAAGAAAAGCAUGAACAAACUCAUUUCCAGCCCUUCCCUGGUGGUGCAUAAUAGAAGAUGAAUAUUCAUGUUUAGGGGAUUAAUGAAUUCGGAGAUGUACAUAAUAUAUAUCUGAACAGAAUGUAUUUAAUGAAAUUGAUUUUGCAUGUAGGUAGAUACCACACAGAUUUUCAAUGUUGCAUUUAUUGUUUUGGUUUUUAUAGAUUGUUCCCAUUCUUUUAUUAUACUUAUUUAAACAGAAUUUUAUGUACAGUAUAAUUCUAUACACCUGUGAGAAAAGGUAAAGGUUACAAUUUACCUGUUACUUUGUAUAGAGAAAAGGUAAAGGUACAAUUUACCUGUUAAUUUGUAUAGAGAAAAUGUAAAGGUUACAAUUUACCUGUUAAUUUGUAUAGAGAAAAUGUAAAGGUUACAAUUUACCUGUUAAUUUGUAUAGAGAAAAUGUAAAGGUUACAAUUUACCUGUUACUUGUAUAGAGAAAAUGUAAAGGUUACAAUUUACCUGUUAAUUUGUAUAGAGAAAAUGUAAAGGUUACAAUUUACCUGUUACUUGUAUAGAGAAAAUGUAAAGGUGUUACUUUGUAUAUUUACAUGGGAACAUGUCAUUGCAUGAUGCCAGAUCAGUAGCUAGCUUUUUGUCAACCAAUUACUGUACUACACCCAGUCACCAAAGUUUUGUAAAAUACAAUUAAGUGUGAACAAGAAGUUUUAUAAAGCUACUGUUUGAUUGACAUGACAAAAUGAAGUGUGGACGAGAUGUUUUGUAAAGCUACUGUUUGACUGAAAAUGGUUGUUUCAUACAUGGCAUAACUGAAUUUGUUUGCUAUCAGAAUCUGUCUACAGAUCCAACUCAGCUGUUUGUAUUAAACAGAGCAAUAGUGUU